CUCCCAUGAAGAGGCGGAGAAACCCCUUCACCUUUAUCAACGACAUGCUUCCGCUUCAGUUGAUUCACUUCACGUCCGACAAACCUUUAAAUCCACCCAGAAGACGUUUGUAAACGGAUUUCUGAUUUCGUACGUCGAUUCGUUUGUUGUGAGAAAUGAUUCAAAACUUCACUAACACAUGCAUUACUAACCAACUGGAACCUUCGGCCCGCUUUGUGGCGUCGGCUGUCGUGUAUGGACUGGUUCUGGUCAUCGGUUUGCCGCUCAACACGGUGUCCCUAUGGAUCCUUCUGCGGAGUCAUGGGCUCCGGUCUCCGUGCGCGGUGCUGAUGGUCAACCUUGCCGCGUCCGACCUGCUUCUCGCGCUCUCCCUGCCGCUGCGCGUCUACUUUUACGCAACUCUUCAGUGGCCGUUUGGCGCGGUCUCGUGCGCCGGUGCCAUCAUGCUGUUUCGCAUCAACAUCAGGACGAGCUCUAUCUUCAUCACUUUAAUCAGCCUGGACCGCAUGGUCGCGCUGGUCUUCCCGCUGCGCUCCAGGUCUCUGCGCACCUCCGCGUGCGCCCUGAAGUCCUGCGCGCUCGUCUGGACCCUCAUCACCAUACUUUGCAUUCCAGAGAUUUUAAAAAUUUACGGCUCCCUGAAAAACUGUGCCCAUAUGCCGUGUUUUGAGUUUCAGGUGCAGCAAAAUGCAUCUCAAACUCCUUCGAUUUUACAAGCGGUAUUUUUAUUAAUACUCCUGGUGGUCAAUGUCAUCUCCACGGUCGUGGUCGUAGUCGUGCUCCAGAGGCGACCAAACGCCGGCGCGACCAAAGUCAACAACAAAAUGAACGUGGUGCUUAUUUUUCUAGUGAACAUGCUGGUGUUUACUAUAUUUUUCUUGCCGUUUACUUUACAACUUUUAGCGUACAAUAAAGAUGAUUCUGACAGGAAGGUUUUACGGUCGCUGAUCUGCCUGGCGAGUGUCAACUGCUGCCUGGAUCCGCUCAUCUACUACUUCUCCCUGGACUCAUUCUGGCAGGACAAGGGCAAAAAACAGACUGACGCUGGAACUUAUUCCCUCAGCAGGUCCAUGGAUAGGUCUUGACCAGCUGGAAAUACUAAGGAUAAACAAAACAGAGUUUCUUCGGAGCUCCUAAGGGGACACAGGAUAGGCUAUACCUCUGAGGGGAAGGAAAAUGUUUCUUAAACUUUCCAGAAGGAAAGUUUGGUUCGCUCUCGUAUAGUCAUAAACAUAAAGUCUUUAUGUGGUUUUACUUUGACUUGCAUCACAAAGGUUUCAACAGAGAACGGUUAUAGUACGAGUAACCCCCGGUUUCUCGGAAUAACGCUUAAUGUACUCAAUUUGGUUUUACCACAGAUGUUUCUUGAUGCAUUAGCUUUGGAUGUGAUUGAGGUAAAGUUAGUUUUAUAUUCGCACAUUCGUUCAGUGACAACUUGUGACACACUCCAUAUAUUGUUUACCAUGGUACUUUGAAUAUUCGGUCUGAAAGUAUGACUUCAAAACAACAUUAGCAUUAUUUAUUUGACUGUAAACAAUGUUUCUUUGAUAGUCAUUGUAUGCUAAUAUGAUUUCACUAUUUAGAAUUAGCAAAUAGUACUUUUCUGAAAUUAUAUUAUUAACCCUGUAAGACAUGAAUUAUCACAAAAUAGGCAGAAAUUUGUUUAUAGGCAGAAAUAUGUUUAUUAAACCAUCUAGCAAAAUUGCCAUCUAAAAUUUUUUCAUAAUAUUUAUUUUGUAUCACAUUAAUAUCUCAGGCGUCUGUGCAACUUUUUGCUU